AUGGGAGGCAAAAAACAUAAGAUCAAUAUUUCUGAAAUCCAAAACAAGAACGCCAAAACAGUUGCUUUCACCAAACGCAGAAACGGUCUCUACCGUAAAGCUUCGGAGCUUUGUCUUCUCUCUCCCGACUCUCAAAUCGCGAUCUUAGCCACUCCUGUCUCUUCAAACUCUCACGCUUCUUUCUACUCUUUUGGCCAUUCCUCUGUCGACCAGGUUGUCUCCUCUCUGCUCUACGACCAGCCUCCAGUACUUCCGGCGAACCAAGAGAAGAGAUCAGGGUUAGGGUUUUGGUGGGAAGACAAAGGUUUUGACAUGUCGGAGAACGUGGACGAGUUGAAAGAGGCGGUUGAUGCGGUUUCAAGGAUGUUGAACAGUGCGAGAGCCCGGUUAGAUGGUGUCGUGAAGAGCAAUCAACGAGAUGGGAGGUUAGUGAUUCAUCAGGAGGAUGAGGAAGAGAUUCUUCAGCUUCGUAGCGAAGAGACAACGACGAAUCAAGGGGACACUUCUGGCUCUGCAAGUAAUCAUUUGGUGAGCGAGGACGAUACUUUAUAUUUAGAUGAUGAUUUGUUUAGUGAUUUCAAUAUUGAUCCAUUGAUUUGA